AUGGGUAAAGAUUACUAUAAGAUUCUAGGUAUACCAAAAAAUGCUGGUGAUGAUGAAAUCAAAAAAGCAUACAGGCAAUUAGCACUAAAGUAUCACCCAGACAAAAAUAAAUCUCCUGGAGCCGAAGCAAAGUUCAAAGAAGUCGCUGAAGCAUACGAGGUACUUUCCGAUAAAAAGAAACGUGAUAUAUACGACGCUUAUGGAGAGGAGGGCCUUAAGGGUGGUGUUCCUGGAGGUGGUCCCGGUGUCAAUGGAGAAAGUUUUACGUACACUUUCCAUGGAGAUCCAAGAGCAACUUUCGCUCAGUUUUUUGGAAACACUAACCCGUUCCAAGAGUUCUUUGCAUUUGACGAUUCAUACGGAAGUAGUUCCCACGAUCCCCUUAAUUCUCUGUUCAACAUAUCCAGAAGCAGCAGAAGUUCACCGAGAAGACAAGACCCACCAAUUGAAUACGACUUGUAUAUAUCCUUAGAGGACAUAUUAACUGGUUGCAAGAAAAAUAUGAAAAUCACGCGAAAAGUUCCUAGGAACGGCAGAUUGGAGAGGGAGGAAAAGAUGCUCACUAUCGACGUAAAACCGGGAUGGAAAGCUGGCACAAAAGUGACAUUUCCAAAGGAAGGCGAUCAAGGUACGGACAGGAUUCCUGCUGACGUAGUCUUCGUAAUUCGUGACAAACCACACCGUUUCUUCAAACGAGAAGGGAGCGAUAUUAAAUUCACGGCUCAAGUAACUCUGAAGCAAGCUCUCUGUGGGUGCACUGUAAACGUACCACUUCUAGGGGGUGGAAAUAUGACUCUGGAUUAUAAAAACGAAAUCAUCUGGCCCGAUACAGUAAAACGUGUUCAAGGGCAUGGGUUGCCAUUCCCAAAAGAGCCGUCCAAGCGAGGUGAUUUGGUGGUCAGUUUUGACAUACGUUUUCCUCGCGAUCUUUCUCAAAAAACUAAAAACAUGUUGGCCGGUAUACUACCGUAA